AAGAAUAAUUUUAAAUGCAAAUUGAAUUGUGGGGGUAGCAAAGAGAACAGAUAAAAGACAGUAAAACAAAGCCUUUCACUUUCCUCAAAUUAGCAGGCUAAUGUAGUAUAAAAAAAAAGCAGUUCUACUCAGAUCUGUGCUAAGAGCUUUCAUUUCAUCAUAAUAUAAAACAGCACAUCCGUCACCUUUCUCUAUUCAGUACUCUUGAUUUCGAGGUUGAAGUGAAAAUUAGAAGCUGUUCAUUCUGGCUCACAGACUGGGUUGCAUUUGCUUAGUCUUAUUCCAUGACAGUAGGAUGGAAAGAGGUCAGUAACACUGGAAUCUGACUGAUCAUCCGUACCGGAGUAUUGUACACAAACAUAAAGUUCCUUCAAAAUGGACUACUUUUUGGAUGUCGAGUCUGCUCACAGACUGUUUUACAGUCAAGGAGCUCAAGCUCGUCGGGCAACUCUUCUCACUGUGCCCACUCUGAUGACAGCGUCUUCUGAGGAUGACAUAGACCGGAGACCCAUCAGAAGACUCCGGUCUAAGAGUGACACCCCUUACUUGGAAGAAGCUAGGAUCUGCUUCAACCUUGAUAAUGCUCGCCGGGCCACGCUGCUCACUGUGCCCACAUUAAUGGCGGCAUCUUCCGAGGAGGACAUCGACCGCAGACCCAUCCGCCGCGUCCGCUCCAAGAGCGACACCCCCUACCUCGCCGAGGCCCGCAUCUCCUUCAACCUCGAGACAGCUGAGGAAGUGGAAAGACUGGCUGCGAUGCGUUCAGAUUCUCUAGUACCUGGGACUCACACGCCUCCAAUCAGAAGACGAAGCAAAUUUGCCACUCUCGGAAGGCUUUUUAAGCCAUGGAAAUGGAGGAAGAAGAAGAGUGAAAAAUUUAAGCACACUUCUGCAGCUUUGGAAAGAAAAAUAUCAAUGAGGCAAAGCAGAGAGGAGCUUAUAAAACGAGGAGUGCUGAAAGAAAUUUUUGAUAAAGAUGGGGAACUUUCCAUACCAAAUGAAGAAGGAGCUUUGGAGAAUGGGCAGCCUCUGGGCUCCGGGCAAGUGUUGAGCUCCAGCCAGGUAUCCUUGCCAGCCCUAGCAGAACUGGAGUCAGGUCCAGCAUCUGGGGAACCCUGCUCAUACGAGGUGCUCCCAACCACAGAGAUCAUGGACAGGACAGUGUCUGAAGAGAGCCCCACAUCCAAUGAAUCCGGCGUCCUCCUGUCCCAAGAUCCUACAGCUAAGCCAGUCCUGCUACUUCCCCCAAAAAAAUCUGCUGCUUUCCCUGGAGACCAUGAGGACACCCCAGUGAAACAGUUGUCCCUCCUCAAACAGCCCCCUGCCCUGCCUCCUAAACCUAUUGCCAGGAUUGCCAGCCACUUAACUGAUCCUGGCGCUCCUGUGAAACUGCCUUGUAUGCCAGUUAAGCUGUCACCUCCACUACCUCCAAAGAAAGUCAUGAUUUGCAUGCCUUUAGGGGGGCCAGACCUCUCUCUCUCAUCCUAUUCCACGCAGAAGAGCUCCCAGCAGCCUUUGACCCAGCACCAUCACACUGUCCUGCCAUCCCAGUUAGCAGCUCACCAGCACCAGCUCCAGUAUGGCAGCCACAGCCAGCACCUGCCUUCUGGGUCCAGCACGUUGCCCAUUCACCCUUCAGGGUGCCGGAUGAUAGAGGAACUGAACAAAACGCUAGCCAUGACCAUGCAAAGGCUAGAAAGCUCUGGUUUACACACAGGUGACAGUGUCACAAAACCAGGACCUGUGGGCCUUCCAGACAUGAGACAAGUGCCAACUGUUGUGAUCGAAUGCGAUGACAAUAAAGAAAAUGUGCCUCAUGAAAAUGACUAUGAAGAUUCUUCCUGCCUCUACACAAGACAGGAAGAGGAGGAAGAGGAAGAUGAAGAUGAGGAUAACUCAUUAUUUACAAGCUCCCUGGCAAUGAAAGUCUGCAGGAAGGACUCUUUAGCAAUCAAACUAAGCAACAGGCCUUCCAAGCGAGAGCUGGAGGAAAAGAACAUCCUCCCCAUGCAGACUGAUGAAGAGAGGCUCGAACUUAGGCAGCAGAUUGGGACAAAGUUAACAAGACGACUGAGCCAGAGGCCGACUGCUGAAGAAUUGGAGCAGAGGAACAUUCUGAAACCCCGGAAUGAGCAAGAGGAGCAGGAGGAAAAGCGAGAGAUAAAGAGAAGAUUAACACGUAAGCUCAGUCAAAGGCCCACGGUAGAAGAGCUACGUGAGAGGAAGAUCCUCAUCCGCUUCAGUGACUACGUAGAAGUGGCAGAUGCGCAGGAUUACGACAGGAGGGCAGACAAACCCUGGACACGGCUCACAGCCGCCGACAAAGCAGCCAUUCGAAAAGAGCUUAAUGAAUUUAAAAGCACUGAAAUGGAAGUUCAUGAAUUAAGUAGACAUCUAACAAGGUUUCAUAGACCGUAGCAGUUCAAUUCUACCUGACUACUAUGCCGUCUUCAAAACAUAACUAAAAGGAACCAUAAGUGCUGGUAUUAUUCACUUCCCUGUUACGUACAAUGUAAAUCUUCUGAACUGCCUUUUUAAAAAAAAAAAAGUGUAGAAAAAUAAAUAUAACAAAAGGAAAAUUGUAUUUACAUGUGAUGGGUACUGCAGCAGCAUCAGACCUGCUGGUUCAAGCUUCAAUAAUAGAAAAUACCCCUGGUGGGAAUCGUGCCAAGACUUGGCAUCUAUGUAUAAGACUUUCCCGGCAUGUGGAUUUGCCAUACAUGUUCAAGUCCAGCUGGUGGUGCAUCCAUUUUGUCUUCAGGCACCCUGCAUCCUGACAAGCCUCUGUCAUCAAUUCAAGAGAGCCCUGAGAUGGUGUUCAGGGAAUCACUGGCCUGGGUGAAGCCUCCAAAAGACCGGCGCCUACGGCACUCAAGCACUUAUACCAAACACUCCUUUCAGGCUGCGAGCACCUUAUGAGGAUGGUGAAGGAGCAAAACUCCUCUCCGGGCCAGUCCAUCCGUGAAUAUCAUCUGACUGGAAAGGUAUGUCUUUCCCUGGAGAAGUUUAUGGCCAGUCGCUAGGCACUGUUCGGCUCCCAAGCAGAAAAAAGGCAUCGCCUGUAAAGAUCAGGACUCCCUACUGAAAGCUGGUUCAGUUCUAGCAACUGUUUAUUUUUCAUCUCUUUCUAAACCCAGUUGUGAACCCAUCAGCAGUAAGUGACAAGAAUGUUGAGGACAAGCAAGCAAAAACCCAUCUCUUCAUGGUCACUGCAUGGCAUUCGCUCAGCUUGUGGUUUGUUUUUACACCCAAGCUUCGUGAUUGUGUGAGAGCCGACACGCGCCCGGCACCAAGAAAGGCUGGGAUUCCCACCCGCUCUGCAGAGGGACACACGGCAAGAGGGACGGGGCGGGGGGGUUCGCUGAGGGGUAUCUAUCCUCUCUGUAUCGGGCGUUUCAAGAACUGAUCCUAAACAUUCUGAGAAAAGCAUGACAGACUGUGUUCCCUGGCCUAACAAAAGGAGUCUGGUGCCUCGGUUUGGAUGGUGGGACUUGUCACCGGUACCCAACUAUGAGGCGUAAGGACAGCAAUCCAGGGGUGUUCUGGUUUGGUUUUAAUUUAUUUUUAUUAUAGUGGUUUAACACACAAACUGACCAAGUAGAGCUCAGAGAGCUGGUCACUCUGGGCCUGGUUUACCUGCCAACUUGAGCGUGUGCUUAACACUAAGUAAGCAUGCAAAACAGCCUCACUGCAUUCAGGACCACUUCUGACAAGCUUAAUGGAAGCUGAACACAUGUAAGUGCUUUUCUGAACUUUGGCCAGCACCUCCCAGAAUCAAGCCCUUAACUAGCAUAACGCCAGCAAGCUGGGGCAAACAUUGUCUAGGAUUCCCUUCCAGCUCUAACAAGAAACUAUUAUGCCAUGUUUUGGGCCACUGGCCCAAAGCACUGUAGCAACGUUACUGUAAGAAGUUCCAGAUUGUUACUUCAGGACACCUUUUUUCUUCCACGAUAGCUAUUUUGCUUUGACAGUUUGAACAGAGAGGCCAAAGUUUUUUUACUACAGUGUUGUUAUUUCUGUUAUUAUUUUUUUUUCCUUUCUUGCUGUCUUCCUCGUAUCCACCUACUCUUCUGUGCUCCCUCUCUACCUCCCCCGAUGCCAUGCUUAACAUUGCCCUUUACUGAUCGCAGGUCGCGAAGCUUCUCGCACACGAGCGUUUAAUGGCCAAUGCUGCACAGUGCCAACACUCCUGCCUCUUCUCAGGCCUCUGUCUCAAUCCUCUGGUUGCAGGAGUAAAGCAAAAGGACCGCGGGGUUGUUCUAGCAUCCAGCCUGCCAAACGACACUGGCAGUGAGGUUAACACACUCCAUUUACGCUUAGCAGUGGUACUCAAUACCUCACGGAUUUGCUCUCCAUCAGAGACAAGCGGAAGCGUUUCAUUCUCAUCUGCAGCCAUCCUUGCAGUGCUAUGGAUUAUUAGCUAUUAAAUAAGAGUUGGCUGUUGUAGGAUGGAAGAUGCUACAAAGGAAAGUAAAAACCAGCUGGUUUCUGGUGCCUCAUUUUUGAGGGAGCAUGCCUCUGAUGUGAUACGCUUCCUGACCAGGUAAUGAUUUCCAAAGAAAUACAGACAGUGAUCCCUGUAUCACAGUUGCUUUAGAUGCAAGUUCAUCAGUAGUGGAAGCCUUUAAUGUGCCAUGUUAUCAGCUCAGCGCAGCAAAGCCAGAGCACUUACCUACUAGCCAGGAAUACGCUGCUUUGGGGCUAUUUUCAUGAAAACCUGGGGCUCAUGUUUUUCAGUUCACUUACAUACACACACGCCCUACCAAGACUGCAUUGCAGCUGUAAAAAGGGAAAACAAAACUCUAGGCUUUUGACUACAGCCACUUUGCAUUAGGAACGGGCUCUGCAGCAUAGCUGUUCUGAAGAGCAAGCGCACCCUCCCGGUCCCAGCAUGGAUCCCACACCUGCCCUGGCAGCGUUAGCUCAGAGGUUCAGUGUGGAAGGGAAGGCGGCUGUUGAAGCAGCAGCAUUUCUGAUUAAAAUGAAGAGGAAAGAGCUGGAAGUAGCAGAGUGCUGUUGUCAGUCUGGUGUCAGUGCUACAGUCCCCAGAGGAACAGGUAGUAUGCGGGCAAUGUCACGCCGGGUAUUGCCACUGUGCCUCGUGGGCACGGGCCCCGGCAGCGCCCAUGCCUGCCAGCCUGAUAGCCUCAGUAAAUCCUUGGGCACGUAACAGCAGACGUUUGGGCGACAGCCAGACGUUCCCCAACCACCCCGCUUUCAUCUGCAUGAGACACAGCAGGUCCCCGCUGGCCACUUAGCAAGUUGUCACGCUCUGCCUGCCUCAGGAUUUACGCUGUCCCCAGGGCAGCUACACAUGGCAAUGCUUUUUUCUUUUUUCUUGGUUUUUUUUUUCUUUUUUUUUUUUUAAAUGAUGUUAACUCCUGGCUGAGCAGACACCAGGACACAGUGGAAGAACUGCCAUAUUUCUCCCAAAUUGCAAGUAGAGCUCAUUACUGUAAAGGGGGGAGGAAGAGGAGAAAGAAGCCAUAUAAAGUGUUUGGCACUGUAGUAAGCAUCACAGAACUGGCGCUUCAUCUGGUUUUGGCUUCAGUGGGUCCGGGUAUUUUGCAAAGCUGCCCUUUGGCGAGGCAUUCUUCAACAACCUUUCAGUGCCUGAACGCUGCAGCACGUCCUCAGUUUGCACGCCCACCUCUGCAAUCCAUGGGAAGGUGCAAGCAGACUGGGGAACAGCUAGUCCUUUUUUAAAAAUCUGUUGAGCACUUGUUUUCUCAUCUGUGAAAGCCAUCUCUAUCAUGGCAAAGUAGUUAUGAUUCUCUUGGGAGUGAAAAAAAAAAAACAAACCAGAAAAAACCCAGAGUCAUGAUUUCCUCCCCUUCAACCUAGAUUACAUGUAGGACACAAAGAUGAUGGCAUUCCUGCUAAGACUCUGUUAACAUUGCAGUUAACAGCAGUCAUCCUCAUUCGUAUUAGGAGGAGAUUAAUAAUAGUAAUAAAGAAAUUACCUCAGGUUUAGGGAAUGGAAAAAUCAACACAGAACAAAAAUGGCUAUUCUAAUCAUCCAUCACCAGGGCUCAUAAUCGAGAUAAUAUUCUAGAGUCAAGGAAGAAAAACAUUUUGGUUUUAAUCUACUGAAUCCUGAUGGGUGAUUCAUACUUAAAAGUGCGCCAGUAAUGUGACAUCUGUUCUACAGCCUAUGGAAAGACAAGGUGGAAAAUGCUGAGGCUGGGGAGAUGGCGGGGAUUAGAAAAGCAACUCCAAAACAUCUCGACAAAAGUUUUGAUUGUUUGAAAGAAAAAAAGUGACAGAGAGGAAACACGAUGAUGGCAUCGUAUCCCCACCCACAGCCUCGCCAGCAGUGGGCUACAGGGACCUGGUGAUGUAUUUAUGACUGACAGGGAACGUCAGUGCUGUGGCCUUUCCCCACCCUACGCCCCGCUGGGCACUUGCAAACUGAAGAAGUUUCAGGCUGCAGGGCUCGCUGGGAUGGGGCUCAGGUCAGCUUUGGUGUCCAGACAAUUCCUUGUGCGCGCUUAUCAGAAGAGGAGCGGGGGGAGAGAAUAUCACAGACUUUUAACUAUUUUACGUUAACUGAAACUAUUUGGUGAGUCCAGUACACAAAUAUAUUUCAGCCUAACACUUAACAUGUAACCACAGCACUUUGUCAUCACUGCAACUAGUUACCAAACUCACCCUUCGGUAUUUCUACAGUGCCGUCCGUACAUUGGAAACACUACAAACCAACAGAGGGGGAGCACUCCAACAUGCCUAGUGAAAGCUUGCACUCAAAAAUAGAUGGAUAAGAUGGAAACUCAUAGUUAUACAUGAACGGGGGCUCCCUAACGUGCCUGCAAAUAAAAUCACGUUGUAUAAAUAGCCAUGGGAGAGGACUAGGCUAAUAAAAAGAAAUCAGGAAAGAAAAAGGGGGACAAAUGAUUUUUCCCGGGUGUUCAGUCUGCUCGAGCUUGGAACAACUUCUGUAAACAAAGAGGAGGUGACGGGCACGUUACUUGCUUUCCCGUGUGUCCCAGUUACUCCUGCACCAGUUGCAUUUUCCAGUUGAUAUCCAAGUGUAUGUAUAUAGUUUGUCUUUGUAUAGGAGUGAGUGUGGUGGCUGUCAAUCAUGUGCUCUUCCAGUAUUGUAAUUUAACAGAUUAUGGCUGUAUGAAAA